UUCAUCCAUUUCCAAACAAUUAAUUCGUUUCAUUACGGCUGUCCAAAUUCGACGUAUUAGUUCUUGAGAUGCUCACGCGAUCCGCAAAUCCCGUUCAUCCACGCGCUGCCAAUUCCGCGGCCGUUUUCAGCCACCUGCGUACCUCCUUCCGACUGCUGCCGCCAUGUCCGAUGAGAUCGAAGAUGACCGGCGUUGCGCAUUCCGGCGGCGUGUCGCCGGAGCAGGAAGUGAAAGCCGCCACCAGACCGGUGGAGCUGGGGGGCUUCGACUUCAGCCAGUACGCGGCGGAGAAGGUGGAAUUAGUGAACAUGGCGCUCGACGGCGCCGUCGCGAUGAGGCGGCCGGCGGUGAUCGACGAGGCGAUGAGGUACUCGUUGCUCGCCGGCGGGAAACGACUCCGGCCUAUGCUGUGCAUCGCCGCCUGCGAAUUCGUCGGCGGGAACCAGUCCAGUGCCGUCCCCGCCGCUUGCGCCGUGGAGAUGGCCCACACGAUGUCGCUGGUCCACGACGACCUGCCAUGGCUGGACAACGACGACCUCCGCCGCGGCAAGCCCACUGUUCAUAAGAUGUUUGGGGAGAAGGUUGCAGUCGUUGCUGGUGAUUCUUUAAUGGCGUUUGCAUUUGAGUUCAUCGUAAGGGCUACCAAAGGUGUUUCGCCGGAAAGGGUCCUAGCAUGUGUCGACGAAUUAGCAAAGGCAAUCGGGGCCGAGGGUGUGGCGACGGGACAAGUGGUCGACAUGAAACUCACCGGAAACAAUACUAAUGUGACUUUAAACACUUUAGAAUUCAUAAGCAUCCAUAAGUCCGCCGUGUUGGUGGAGGCUUCGGCGGUGAUGGGCGCGAUUCUUGGCGGCGGAAGUUAUGAACAAGUGGAUAAACUACGUAUUUUUGCUCGAAAAAUUGGGGUGAUGGGUCAAGUGGUAGACGACAUAUUAGAUGUGACCAUGUCGUCUCAAGUGUUAGGAAAAACUGCGGGAAAGGACUUGGCCACCAACAAAACGACAUAUCCAAAACUUUUGGGUCUCGAAAAUGCUCGCGAAUUCGCAAAAAAAUUGUUCGAGGAGGCCAUGGAGAAACUAGUAGAGUUCGAUUCGAAUAAGGUCGCGCCAUUGGCCGCUUUAGCGGAAUACGUUGCUUUUAGGAAGAACUGA